AACUGCUUUCCUGUACCAACUCCAGCAGUUGCAUGAUAAAGCAAGACUGUGAAGUGUUUACAGAGGAUGACACACAGUCCCGUCACGCAUUUUGCCGUCGCUCUCGGAUAAAUGCUCAUUUUUCCUUCCGCCUGCGCUAAAAUAAUAAUAAUAAUACUGUUAUUGGCUGAAUCGGAUCCAGGAUGCCCAGAAACGGGAUAGAAAUCCCCUUGUUUUCUAAAUCCAGCGUGACGUCACCGCCGCUAUGCUAAUUUGUUACAUUUAGGACACAGUGAAGUAAAAGUGGAAAGGAAAAUGGGAUUCCUGCACCAACUCCAUCUUCUGCUGUGGAAGAACAUAUCUCUGAAGAGGAGGGGGCCGUGGGUGCUGGCUUUUGAGAUUUUCAUCCCGCUCGUCCUUUUCUUCAUCCUCCUGGGUCUGAGGCAGAAGAAGCCGGCAAUUCCUGUCAAGGAAGCCUUUUACAGCGCUGCACCGCUCACCUCGGCUGGCAUCAUUCCCAUCAUGCAGUCGCUCUGCCCAGAUGGACAGAGAGAUGAAUUUGGUUUCCUGCAAUAUAAGAACUCCACUGUGACCCAGCUGCUGGAGCGGAUAAGUGAAGUGGUUGAACAGAAUCAGCUCUUCACAUCUGAUAGACCUGGUUUAGGUCAAGAGCUGGAGACCCUGCAGCAGCACCUGGAGAGCCUCAGCUCCACCCCAUUACCACAUGACCACAACUUUAACAACAGCCAAGGCUUCACUCUGGCCAGCGUGUUGAAGAAUGAAUCAGUUUUCCAACAGUUCCUGAUCAAGAACCUUUCCUUGUCUGACUCCAUAGCCAACCUUCUGCUCAACACUCCAGUGAGCCUCGGAGAGGUUUACAGCCUUAUCGUCGGUACACAUUUCGGAGAUGGCGGAGGAGCCCACAGCUGGAUUCAACAGGCCAAGGGCACCACACAAAAACCUAGAGACAGAGUCCUUCAGUUAGAAGACAGCCUCUUAACUGGAUCCACACUUGAGGACCUCACCUGUGGGGACAGGUCCUCUGAGCUCAGCAACAUUCUGCUGGUACCUGAGAAGCAGCGACCCGUGAUCCAGGCGUAUCGCAAUUCUGUGUGUAGCGAAGGGGCGGAGCAAAAGUCAGCACGCUUCAGGCAGCUGAGCCUGGAGCUGAGAAAGCAGAUCAACACGCAGAGUGUCACCGAGAAGCUUCACCUGCAGCCCAGCUCUUCGGCUCUUCUCUCUCAGUCUAACGUUGGGGCUCUGUUGAAGGAACUGGCUGAUGUAGAGAGGCUUCUGAAGGAUGUGGACCUGCUUUCUAGUCUGGCUCGCCUGCUGCCCAAAGGGGCCUGUGCUGGUCGAACUCCAGCAUCGCCAGCAAACACAACAUGGCCUCUCAAUGCCACCACAUGGGGCCCCAACACAACUGACAUUCCCGGAGAGGGUGAUGAAGGAGGAGAGGAAGGUGGAGGAGCAGGAAGUGGGAAAGGGAAGAAGGAAACGGAGAAUCCUCAUUCUCAGUUUUCAGCAUUUGUACAGUUAUGGGCUGGACUGCAGCCCAUUCUGUGUGGGAAUAACAGGAUAAUUGAACCGGAGGCUUUGAAGCAGGGAAACAUGAGCUCUCUGGGAUUCACCAGCAAAGAACAAAGAAAUUUGGGCCUACUGGUUCACUUGAUGACUACAAAUCCCAAGAUCCUCUACUCUCCUAUUGGCUCCCAGGUGGACAAAGUGAUUCAGAAGGCCAAUGAGACAUUUGCAUUUGUUGGGAAUGUGACACAUUACACCCGAGUGUGGCUCAAUAUCUCCUCCCAGCUCAGGAAUUUCCUGGAGGAGGGCCAGUUCCACAAGCACCUGGUGUGGCUGCAGCAGUUGUUCUCAGAUCUUCAGCAGCACCCUGAGUUGAUAAAUGGCACAGACACUGAGCUAAUGCAAAGUCUGAUGGAAGGAAACUACAGUCUUCCCAACACUUCCACCUUGCUAGAACAGCUGGACACCAUUGACAAUGCUGCCUGUGGCUGGACACACUUUAUGUCUAAGGUCAGUGUUGAUGUCUUCAAGGGCUUUCCUGAUGAAGACAGCAUUGUCAACUACACCCUGAAUCAGGCUUACCGGGACAAUGUUUCUGUGUUUGCCAGUGUGAUUUUCCAGACUAAUAAAGAUGGCUCCCUUCCACCACAUGUUAUGUACAAAAUCAGACAAAAUUCCAGCUUAACAGAGAAGACCAAUGAAAUCAGAAGGGCCUACUGGCGCCCUGGCCCCAACACUGGGGGGAAAUUCUAUUUCCUGUAUGGCUUUGUUUGGAUCCAAGAUAUGAUAGAGAGAGCGAUCAUCAACACAUUUGUGGGGCAUGACGUGGUGGAGCCUGGCAACUACGUUCAGAUGUUUCCCUAUCCAUGCUACACCAGAGACGAUUUUCUCUUUGUGAUUGAGCACAUGAUGCCUCUGUGUAUGGUGAUCUCUUGGGUUUACUCAGUGGCCAUGAUGAUUCAGCAUAUUGUAGCUGAGAAAGAGCACAGGCUUAAAGAGGUGAUGAAGAUGAUGGGUCUGAACAAUGCAGUCCACUGGGUGGCAUGGUUCAUCACGGGCUUUGUCCAGCUGUCCAUCUCUGUCACUGCUCUCACGGCCAUUUUAAAGUACGGUCGGGUGUUGCUCCACAGCGAUCCCUUCAUCAUCUGGCUGUUCCUUACCAUUUAUGCCGUGGCUACUAUCAUGUUCUGUUUCCUGGUGUCAGUAAUCUACUCCAAAGCUAAGCUGGCUUCUGCCUGCGGAGGAAUCAUCUAUUUCCUCAGCUAUGUGCCCUAUAUGUAUGUGGCCAUUAGGGAGGAGGUGGCUCACGACAAGAUCACUGCCUUCGAGAAAUGCAUUGCUUCUCUGAUGUCUACCACAGCUUUUGGCCUUGGCUCCAAGUAUUUUGCUCUAUACGAGGUAGCAGGUGUUGGCAUUCAGUGGCAGACCAUAAGCCAGUCACCUGUAGAAGGCGAUGACUUUAACCUCGGUCUCUCCAUGAUGAUGCUCAUCAUUGAUGCUGGAGUGUACGGUGUGCUGACCUGGUACAUAGAGGCUGUGCAUCCAGGAAUGUAUGGGCUGCCGCGCCCAUGGUACUUCCCACUGCAGAGGUCCUACUGGUCUGGCAGUGGCCGUGUCGAGACCUGGGAUUGGCCUUGGUGCGGAGGUGGAGCUGCCAGGCUCAGUGUGAUGGAGGAGGAUCAGGCUUGUGCGAUGGACCACCGGAGGAAUGAGGAGAUCCGCGGGAUAGAGGAGGAGCCCAACCACCUUCCCCUGGUGGUGUGUAUAGACAAACUGACCAAGGUGUACAAGACAGGCAGUAAACUGGCCCUGAACAAACUGAGCCUCAACCUCCAUGAAAACCAGGUGGUUUCCUUCUUGGGACACAAUGGAGCUGGGAAGACGACUACAAUGUCCAUCCUGACAGGAUUGUUCCCGCCCACAUCUGGCUCUGCCACCAUUUAUGGCCACGAUAUCCGCACUGAGAUGGAGCGUAUCCGACAGAACCUCGGGAUGUGUCCACAGCACAACGUCCUGUUUGACAAGCUGAGUGUGGAGGAGCAUCUGUGGUUCUACUCUAGGCUCAAAGGCAUGGCUGAAGAAGACAUCUGCAAGGAGAUGGACAAGAUGAUUGUUGACCUGGAGUUGUCCAAUAAGCGUCACAGCUUGGUGCAGACAUUGUCUGGUGGGAUGAAGAGAAAGUUGUCUGUCGCCAUUGCCUUUGUUGGUGGUUCCAGGGCCGUCAUCCUAGACGAACCGACCGCAGGGGUGGACCCCUACGCCCGCCGAGCCAUCUGGGAUCUCAUCCUCAAGUACAAACAAGGCCGUACAAUUCUGCUGUCUACCCACCACAUGGAUGAAGCAGACCUUCUGGGAGAUCGCAUUGCCAUCAUCUCGCAUGGGAAACUCAAAUGCUGUGGCUCCCCACUCUUUCUCAAGAGCACUUAUGGAGAUGGAUACAAGCUGACACUGGUCAAAAAGCAGAGCGAAGGCCGAGGCCAGGCCAGCCAGUUCCAGCCUCCGUCUCUGUCUCCGUCCUCCUCUCUGUCGCCUUGCUCAGAAGUUCAGGUCACCCAGUUUAUUCGUCAGUUUGUGGCUUCCUGCCUGCUGGUGUCCGACUCCAACACUGAGCUGUCCUACGUGCUGCCUUCUGAGGCUGUCAAGAAGGGCUGUUUUGAGAGGCUGUUUCAGGCUUUAGAGAAGAGCUUGGACUCCCUGGCACUGACUAGUUUUGGGGUAAUGGACACCACCUUAGAGGAGGUCUUUCUCAAAGUGUCUGAAGAGGACCAGUCUCUUGAAAACAGCGAUGCUGACAUAAAGGGUUCACCAGGGGGGAGCUCUGUAGGGAAAUCAUCAAUCGGUUCAGAAGGUUUCGGGGGACCACAGGGUGAGACAGGAUCCCAAGUGGAGCCUGAAAAGCCAACGGUGGAACUAAACAAUCUGGUGAAGGGCUCCACACUAAGCCAGAGCCAGUCUUCUCUAAUGUCCUCCUCAUCUGUCGGCUCAGUAAGAGGCGAUGAAGGAGGGCUAUAUACCGACUUCUAUGGAGAUUACUGUCCGCUCUUUGACAACAGACAGGGGGCUGACUCUGCCAGCCUCCAGGGAGAUGCAGAGAACCCCUUGUCACCAGAGCCAGAGGUGCUGGAAGGGCAGGGCACAUUCAAGUUGGAGGGUUGGUGGUUGAAACUGAGCCAGUUUCACGGACUUAUUAUCAAGAGGUUUCACUGUGCCAAGAGGAACACCAAGGGUCUCUUCUCUCAGAUCCUCCUGCCUGCCUUCUUUGUCUGUGUGGCCAUGACCGUGGCCUUAUCUGUGCCCGAGAUCGGAGAUUUGCCACCCUUGAUCUUGUCCCCAUCUCAGUAUCAUAACUAUACCCAACCAAGAGGCAACUUCAUCCCUUAUGCCAAUGAAGACAGACCCCAGUACAGGAACAAGCUGUCACCAGACGCCAGCCCACAGAAGAUCAUCAACACCUUCCGCCUGCCCUCGGGUAUCGGUGCUACUUGUAUCCUCAAAACCCCCUUCAACAGCACCCUGGACCAGCUGGCACAAACCCUCAACCCCAAUGCCAAUAACUCCAAAACCCUUGCUGCCAAAUACUUUGAUUCUAUGUGUCUGGACUCCUUCACUCAGGGCGUCCCCCUCUCCAACUUUGUCCCCCCACCACCUUCGCCAGCACCUUCAGAUGACCCAGACUCUAAUUUUGAGGACGGUCUGUGGAACCUAACAGUCACUCCUCCAAUUACAGUUCAUAAGCCUGUUACAUCUCCACCUACCUUUCCCUUGUCCAUCCAUGAGCCGGUGCGCUGCGUCUGCUCUAUGCAGGGGACAGGCUUCUCCUGUCCCAGUGGGGUAGGAGGACAACCCCCUCUCAUGAAGGUGGUGACCGGUGACAUUAUGGUGGACAUCACAGGCCGGAACGUCUCUGAAUAUCUGCUUUUCACAUCAGACAGAGUGCGGCUGCACAGAUAUGGUGGUUUAACAGUGGGCAACAUUCAGAAAUCAAUCCCAACAUCUUUUGGUAGAAAUCUACCACCUAUGGUUCGCAAAAUAGCGGUGCGCAGAUCAGCUCAGGUUCUCUACAACAAUAAAGGCUACCACAGCAUGCCAACGUAUCUGAAUGUCCUCAACAAUGCCAUCCUGCGUGCCAACAUGCCUCCCUCCAAGGGCAAUCCUGCUGCCUACGGAAUCACAGUAACAAACCACCCGAUGAAUCGCACCAGUGCCAGCCUUUCUUUAGACUAUUUGCUCCAGGGCACAGAUGUAGUGAUUGCCAUCUUCAUUAUUGUAGCCAUGUCCUUUGUCCCAGCCAGCUUUGUGGUUUUCCUAGUAGCAGAAAAAUCCACAAAGGCCAAACACCUGCAGUUUGUCAGUGGCUGUGACCCAGUCAUCUACUGGCUAGCCAACUAUAUUUGGGAUAUGCUGAACUACCUGGUACCUGCUACAUGCUGUGUUAUUAUUCUGUUUGUGUUUGACCUGCCAGCCUACACCUCUCCAACAAACUUCCCUGCUGUCCUCUCUCUCUUUCUUCUCUACGGGUGGUCGAUCACUCCCAUAAUGUAUCCUGCAUCCUUCUGGUUUAAGGUUCCCAGUACAGCCUAUGUCUUUCUCAUAGUCAUCAACCUCUUCAUAGGCAUCACUGCAACUGUUGCAACCUUCCUUCUACAGCUCUUUGAACAUGACAAGGAUUUGAAAAAAGUGAACAGUUACCUAAAGUCCUGUUUCCUCAUCUUCCCCAACUACAACCUGGGUCAUGGCCUGAUGCAGAUGGCCUACAACGAGUACAUCAAUGAAUACUACGCUAAAAUAGGGCAGUUUGACAAGAUGAAAUCACCAUUUGAGUGGGAUAUUGUGACUCGAGGACUUGUUGCAAUGACAGUCGAAGGCUUUGUUGGCUUCCUCAUCACCAUCCUCUGUCAGUACAACUUUCUGAGGAACCCCCCGAGGGUGCCGGUCAGCUCCAAGCCUAUAGAUGACGAUGAUGUAGACGUGGCCUGUGAGAGACAAAGAGUGCUGCGUGGAGACGCUGACAAUGACAUGCUGAAGAUCAAGAACCUAACCAAGGUAUACAAAUCCAGAAAGAUGGGACGUAUCCUUGCAGUGGACCGCCUGUGUCUGGGUGUCCGGCCUGGAGAGUGCUUUGGAUUGCUAGGAGUAAAUGGAGCUGGGAAAACCAGCACCUUUAAGAUGCUGACAGGAGACGAGUGUACUACUGGAGGAGAGGCUUUCAUUAACAGAAACAGUAUCCUGAAGGACCUGUUACGUGUGCAACAAAGUAUCGGCUACUGUCCACAGUUUGAUGCUCUGUUUGAUGACCUGACAGCCAGGGAGCAUCUGCAACUUUACACUCGCCUCCGUGGCAUUCCUUGGAAAGACCAAGAAAGGGUGGUGCAGUGGGCAUUGGAAAAGCUGGAGCUGUCCAAGUAUGCAGACAAACCAGCUGGCACUUACAGUGGAGGAAACAAACGCAAGCUCUCCACUGCCAUUGCUCUCAUCGGGUACCCAUCACUCAUCUUCCUGGAUGAGCCCACCACUGGGAUGGACCCAAAGGCCCGCAGGUUCCUCUGGAAUUUAAUCCUGGACAUAAUCAAGACCGGACGUUCUGUAGUGCUGACGUCACACAGCAUGGAGGAGUGUGAGGCCUUGUGUACCAGACUGGGCAUUAUGGUGAAUGGCAGGUUUAAAUGCCUGGGGAGCAUCCAGCACCUAAAGAACAGGUUUGGAGAUGGCUACAUGAUCACGGUGAGGACAAAGAGCAGCUCCAGCGUCAAAGAGGUGGUUCGAUUUUUCAACAGAAACUUCCCCGAGGCUCUGCUGAAGGAGCGUCACCACACCAAGGUGCAGUACCAGCUGAAGUCUGAGCGCAUGUCCCUGGCUCAGGUCUUUAGUAAGAUGGAGCAGGUGGUGGAGGUGCUGGGUAUUGAGGACUACUCUGUCAGUCAGACUACUCUGGAUAAUGUGUUUGUUAACUUUGCCAAGAAACAAAGCGAUAACCUUGAGCAGCAGGAUGUGUCGCCCCUGGGCAGUGGAAAGUCCCCCCUGCAGCGCAUCUUCAGCCUUCUAAAGUCUCGAACGGCCAACACAGAACUCAACGCUCUGAUCAGUGAGGCGCCAGAAGAGCUGGAGAGCGAUGAUGAUGAAGGUCUCAUUAGCUUCGAAGAGGAACGGGUGCAGCUCUCUUUCAAUACAGACACCCUCUGUUAAAAUGAGCUACUUUAACAUCAGAGAGCAGAGGGGAGGGCAGAGGGGGGACCCCUGAUCCCAUUGGUCUGAGCUAUGCGUUCCUGAGGGUAUGGCACCGCGACCCUGAAGAGGACCAAAACUCUCUGAACACAGCACCUGAGGUUCAGUAUUUCAGGCUUCAGAUGGACUCUGCACUAGGACGGCAACAUUAUACUUUGAGUGUGUGAAUUUGAACCCUUUAUGAAAUGUUAAAAACCAAGUCUUUGAUUCCACUGGUGUCUCUGAACUGACUGGAAUCACCCCCUUAACCACAAAGGGUCCUUGUUACUCUGUAGACCUGCCUUGAGAGCAUGCUGUGAUGAUGAUAAUACACCUUGUUUUUCCUUUUUUUCUGUGGUAAGAUUUAUUUUGAAGGUCAAGGCAGCUGCAAACUGCUGGGCUUUUUUUUGGUUUGUUUUUUUAAAUCUUUUUUUUUGGGGGGGGGGUUGUGCACCCUGUAAGGGGGCAUGAGUGGACCUGUGGGGGAGCAGGAGGCCUUGCCUUCUUUGAUGUUACCAGGUGAAUGUACACGGGUGUUGUCAUGGUGAUGCCUCCUCCUCUCGGUUUGUUCUGACACUGUACACGUGGUCGCUUUCUUUUCUGUUUUACAUAUUAGUAUUUUUAUUUAUUAUUAUUAUUUUUAUGAAUAUUAUUAUAACAUGUUAUUAUGUUGUGCAUUCUGGUGAGAAGAUCCUCUGUAAAUGGGGCACCGUGUAUAAUAAGAACAAUAACUCCACCUGCAGUGAACAUGAGCAGCAUUGUAACAGUCUGAACGGUGAAUUUGAAUUCCUGACGACAACUGCACUCCUAUCACUGUGACACUAAAAGGGACCUUCAGAUCACAUUUGCAGUAAUAUGUGGGUACGCUCCAUGUUUUAUGAUUUGCAGAUGAACUUGUAAUUUUUUUAUGGCUUCUGGAAUCAACACAUUACAAAAAUAUGGCUCUCUCACUGACCGUGUGUUGAUAUGUGCUUUGAACUGAUCUCUCAUGUUUCGUGAUAACUGAGUUGUCCUGUCAUCAACAACUCCUGUGUUGCUUCUUCUUUCACAGCUAGCUGCAGUCCUGGUUUGGUUAUUACUCUGGUACUGGUGGGCUUUUUUUCCCUGUUGCAGAUGUUAUCAUUAAAAAAGAAUAACUGUCAUCCUUUCAUGUCUGAGAUUGUGAGCUUGACGGGUAAAAGCAAGUCUGUCAUGGACUUUAACAACUGUAUGUCACCUACAGCCACUGGAGUUUUGAGCAUUCAUAGUUUAAAAUAAAUCUAAACUGUAUGUUUUGGGAUGUAAACAUCAGAUUCAUAUGUGAACUUAACCUUUAAUAACGCCAUUGAAGCUUAUGUCUGAUUAAACGACUGUUUCUGAACUGUAA